AUGAUGGCUAGAAAGGUCAGAAGAGGGAUGUUCUCCUUCAUGUUGACUUUGUUUCUGGGAGCCUCAUCUUCACUUUGGCCCCUGGCCCCUGCAGCGGCCUUCCUGCUUCCGUCCUGCAGGCUCAUCAACCAGACGGUGUCUCUAGAGAAGGAGGGCUGUCCAAAGUGUCACCUAGUGGAAACAACCAUCUGCAGUGGCCACUGCAUCACCAAGGACCCUGUCUUUAAGCUACCGUACAGCAACGUGUACCAGAAUGUGUGCAUGUACCAGGACUUAUACUACAAGACCUUUAAGCUCCCGGACUGUUCUCCCGGCGUGGACCCGACCGUCACCUACCCCGUGGCUCUGAGCUGCCACUGCGGCCGCUGUGCUAUGGCCACGUCUGACUGCACCUUUGGGAGCCUGCAGCCCAACUUCUGCAUUCAUGACAUGCCUUUCUACUACUAGUCUUGAGAAAUAAAGCACAUUAAAACACACUCCAGGAACCAUGUGAACAUUGAGUAUCAAGUGAUGUAAAUAAAGAUUGUGUCAUUUACCAGAGCAAAGGAAGUAUGUUAUUAUGUGCAAAG